GGUUACAGCUGCAUAGACAGAGUAAAUGGCCUUUUAGGAGUCACUUGGGGGAAAGUGAUCACUGGAGGUGGAAUGACAGAAGAGAGAGUGACCAAAUGCAUAAGGAGCACUCAGCAGGCAGACCCCAGCCCAGCAGCCUGAUUGAUGAAUCGUAACUGCAGUGAACCACAAAGCCAGGUCAAUACUCUUACUGCAGAGUGAAGAUUCUCUCAGGAAGCUUCCAACAAAGCAUGCUCUGCGGCGUAUGUAGUGAGCCAGUCAGCCAAGAGACUGGCGGAGGAAUAUGAAGCUUUCGCAUGCGGCAGCUCCUGCUUAGAAGUGCCAGGUGUGUGGGGCCGGUGGUGGUGGUUCGGGAUCAGGAGGCCCACGCCCAAUCACGAAAGGAACACGAGGUGGCUCUGGACCAAUGAUGGAGAGCUCAGGAGGGACACACCUCAACACAUCGGCAGUGACUUCUAAGGUGGGAAUUGCCCGGAUCUUUCAGGCAGCCUUUGGUUGUGCAACGUUCAGCCUCGUGGCCCACCGAGGAGGAUUCAGCGUGGCCUAUGGCACCUUCUGCAUGUCUGUCUGGUGUUUCUGUUUCGCCAUCACAAUCUUCAUCAUCAUUUGUGAGUUCACCCUCUUUCACAGAUGCCUGACUAUCUCUUGGGGGAACUUCACAGCAGCUUUUGCAAUGCUGGCCACUCUCAUGACCCUUACAGCGGCAGUGAUUUACCCGCUGUACAUCCCUUUCAGCUGCCAUUCCAGUGGAUGUGAGGUGAGAGACUUCCGCAUCUCUGCCAGUGUUUUUGCCGGCCUUCUGUUUUUUGCAUAUGCUAUGGAGGUAUUUUUCACAAGGGCCAAGCCAGGACAAGUAACCAACUACAUGGCCACGGUGUCUGGCCUUCUGAAAAUUGUCCAGGCUUUUGUGGCUUGCAUCAUCUUUGGAGCUCUGGUGAAUGGCAGCCAGUACAAUAAAUACGCAGCCACCCAGUGGUGUGUGGCAGUUUACAGCUUCUGUUUUGCCGUAACUGUGGUGGUAGUGGUGCUCAGUGUCACAGGAAGAACAGCGAUGAUGAAGUGCCCCUUUGAGCGCUUUGUGGUCAUUUACACAUUUCUAGCGGUCCUGAUGUAUGUAAGUGCUGCGGUGAUCUGGCCUGUGUUCUGCUUUGAUCGUAAAUAUGGCUCUCCGCAUCGUCCAUAUCAAUGCUCCAGAGGCUCCUGCCCCUGGGACAGCCAGGUGGUCAUUGCAGUGUUCACAUAUAUAAAUCUAGUGCUUUACAUUGUGGAUUUAGCCUACUCGCAGCGUAUCCGCUUUGUCUCGCAUCCUUAAUAUCCAACCCUGGUAGUGCCACAAAAAUCAUAAUGGAUUUGCUGAAAAGGGUGAUAAUUAAUCAUGCUCCAAACAGAAUAGUUAAGAAGGAAAAAAUACUGGGGUAAUUUGGUACCAGGGAAGAAGAAAUGACUUUUUCUAGCCCAUAGCUGCAAUAUUGUUGCCUUUCUAAUAAGGAUGUAGACAUGCAGUGGCUCUACAGGCCAAUGUGUUCUCUAGCUUACCACUAGUGUGGUGGAAAAUGGGUUUGGAUCCUUAAUGUGUAUCUAAGAAUUGUUAUUUAGUGUAGAGUUGCAACAGGUAUAGAAAAGCAUACAUGCUAAUAAUAAUAUUGUAAAAAAGGUGCCCCCCCCCCCCAAUUAUUUGUGAACCUGGUAGAUUUUACGAGAAACUUCUGCUGCCUUGAAUCCCAUGCGAAACAAAAGGUAGGAUAUUAAAUCAAUAGAGAGAGAGAGAGAGAGAUUCUAAAAAACGGAAGGGAAGAAAGAUUAGAAGAAUAGUUAAAACUGCAGAACAAGAAUCUCUUUCCAAACAGAGUAACAAUUUCCUUAGUAUAUAUACAGUUUGAGAAGUAAAGUGAAUGCCACCAAGUUUCUUACAGAGAAUAGAGCAGGGAAAAUUGCCAUAGCCUACAGAAAAGCUGCAUCCAGAUUGGUUUCCUCAAUGUUCCUUCAAGACGUAUCUGGAGAUGCCUCAGUGCCUGUAGAAACUUGACUACAUCCAAGACAUUCAGCUUUGAACCAAAACCAAACUUCUGAACCAAACGUUUGAACCAAAGUAUAUUAUUUUUUAGACAAUUUGUUGUGGAUGUUGUGUUUGCAAGAGUUUGCAAGAGUUAGAUAGUAGACAUCAUUCAGUUCCUUAAGAGCUUUGGCAUCAUGUAAGCUACCCAUUACUUCAUAAUUCAGAACAUGGCUUGAGUUGUGGUGAACUUGUCUAAUGCAAAGAAAACAUAUGUAACAUUUUCAUAAGUCUAAUCAAAUACCUGUUGCCAGUCUUGACUCCAAGAUGUGCUGAUUCUGGGUUCCCAGCAGAGAAGAAAACUACAUAACAUUGUGAUGUGCAUCAAGGGAGAAGACAGGAGCUUGUUUGUUUCUUUCAGUAUGGACCAGGAUUUUCAUCAUAUUAUUCAAAGCCUUUUUCAAAUAUAAUAAACCAAAGCAUGUUGUUGAUUAAAAUGGGUUCUAUUAAAUGUGUGCAAGUGGA